AUGAGUGACCAACAGCUGCCAACAUCAUACAGUUCAUUACCAUUUCGCCACAUCAAAGUGGAACAUGUACCGGCAUCAUCUCCGACUCCAACGCCAGUCCUUUUGAUCAAGCUCCAUCGACCAGAAAAAUUGAAUGCAUUUACUUUUGUAAUGCAAGAUGAUCUGGAGCUGGUGUAUCGACUUGUGGACAAGGAUCCACGAGUCAAAUGUCUUGUGUUGACAGGAUCGGGAAAAUCGAUGUGUGCAGGGAUGGAUUUACAAUUGGGAUUUGGGAAAGACGCAGAGUCUUCCACACAGGAGCGUGAGAGAAAUGCCGAUCAUCGAGAUUCAGGUGGCCAAGUGGUCCUUGCCAUCCAUCAAUGCUCCAAACCCACCAUUGCCGCAAUCAACGGUGCUGCCGUUGGCGUCGGUAUCACAAUGUGUCUACCGGCAGCAAUCCGUGUUGCAUACGCAAAGGCCAAGAUUGGAUUUGUCUUCAGCCAACGAGGAAUCGUCAUGGAGGCGUGCUCUUCCUUCUUCCUUCCUCGUCUCAUUGGACAUUCACGAUCACUCUUCUUGACCACGACUGGUGGAGUCUACACUGCCGAUUCCCCCCAUUUCGGCCCUUUGUUUGCUGAGGUCUUGCCAACUCCCGAAGCAACUGUGCAAAGAGCCCUCGAGCUUGCCAAUCAGGUUGCCAACAAUACGUCAAUCGUUUCCACCAAGUUGAUGCGAGAUCUCAUGUAUCGAGGCCCACUCAGCGCUGAAGAGACUCACCUUCUUGAUUCGAGAAUCCUAGAUGGGAUUCACAUGAAAAAGGAUAAUAGUGAAGGGGUGCAAAGUUUCUUGGAGAAAAGGCCAGCGAGGUUUGAGGGUGCGUUGCCUGCUGAUGGACCUGACGUGUAUCCUUGGUGGACACCGGUGGAUACCUCGAAGGUAUCACCAGUGAAUAGCAAGGGUGGGUCUUCGAAAUUAUAG